AUGGUUGUCCAAUCUGUUCUUAAAAACUGCCCAUCCCCAGACUCCGCCUCGGAGCCCCGCAGGUCUUCGCUUUCGUUCCGGAAGGGGAAAAGAGCUGCGGCCGAGAAGGACUUUCUGCACCCGCCCGGGAAGAGGCGUCCCGCUCCUGCUGCUGCUUCUGUCCCCGGACAACCCUCCUUCCAAUUCCUGAUCCCGCGGUUGGAGUUUCGCUUUUGCCAGAUUUACACCAUGAGUUAUCCAGGAUACCCACCUGCAAGCGGAUAUCCUCCUGCGGGUGGUUAUCCACCAGCUAGCGCAUAUCCACCUGCUGCUCCAGGCAGUAAUCCCUGGGGUGCCCCCAGCUACCCUUCUGCAAACCCUCCUCCAAUUGGAUUAGAAAAUAUUGGGACCUACGCCAAUCAGUUUAAUCAGGAUUAUAUGGCAGGCAUGGCUUCCAAUAUGUCUGGAACGUUUGGUGGUGCCAAUGUGCCACAGGGAAUGUAUCCUUCAGCUCCUGGGGGCUACCCUUCUGCAGCUCCAGGAGGGUUCGGACAACCACCACCACAGGGUCAGCAGCCUUAUGGGAUCUACCCUCCACCUCCUGGAGGAAACCCCCCAACAGGGAUGCCAUCAUAUCCAUCAUACCCAGGUGGUCCGAUGCCACCUGCCGCAGCCCAGCAGCCUCAACCAGUGCCAUAUCCUGGACAGCAGCCCAUGCCAAGUUAUCCAUCCGUUCCAGCUGUUAAUCCUUCGAUGCCAUCCUACCCAGGUUCUUCCAUGCCCACCGUCACCCCUGGAGUAUCUGGAAAGCGAGGCACGGUCCAUGACGCUCCAUCCUUUGAUCCUUUGAGGGACGCAGAAGUGUUGAGGAAAGCCAUGAAAGGCUUUGGAACUGAUGAACAGGCCAUCAUCGACUGCCUUGGAAGUCGCUCAAGCAAGCAACGACAGCAGAUAAUGCUCUCAUUCAAAACAGCUUAUGGGAAGGAUUUGAUCAAGGACCUGAAGUCAGAGCUCUCCGGAAACUUUGAGAAGACGAUUUUGGCAAUGAUGAAAACACCUGUCCUGUUUGAUGUUCUGGAAAUCAAAGAAGCUAUCAAGGGUGCUGGCACAGACGAAGCCUGCUUGAUUGAGAUCCUGGCAUCUCGCGAUAACAGGCACGUUCAGGAAAUCAGCCGAGCAUACAAGACAGAAUUUAAGAAAACUCUGGAAGAAGCCAUUAGAAGUGACACAUCUGGGCAUUUCCAGAGACUUUUAAUCUCACUCUCUCAGGGCAACCGAGAUGAAAGCACCAAUGUGGACAUGGCCCUUGUCCAGAGCGAUGUUCAGGCUCUCUAUGCAGCAGGAGAAAAUAAACUCGGGACGGACGAAUCCAAGUUCAACGCGAUUUUGUGCACAAGAAACCGAAAUCACCUAAGAGCAGUUUUCAAUGAAUACCAGCGAAUGUGCAACCGGGAUAUUGAGAAGAGCAUAUGCAGAGAAAUGUCUGGUGAUCUUGAAUCUGGGAUGCUGGCAGUAGUGAAGUGCAUGAAAAACACACCAGCUUUCUUUGCAGAGAGGCUGCACAAGGCCAUGAAGGGAGCAGGAACCAAGGACCGGACUCUUAUACGCAUCAUGGUCUCACGUAGUGAAGUUGAUCUGCUGGAUAUCCGGCAGGAAUACAAAAGAAUGUAUGGAAAAUCUCUCUACACGGACAUCUCGGGUGACACUUCAGGGGACUACCGGAAAAUCUUGCUCAAGCUGUGUGGCGGGAAUGAUUAAGUAGAACAUCUGGAAUUUUAGAGUGUGUCUUUCAAAGUCACAGCUGGCUUUAUAUUCUCCUUUCUCACAAAGCUGUCAAAACUCCCACUGCUGGAUCAGAUUGAUAUUCUUAAUAUAUUCCCUCCUCUAAAGGUGUAUAAUAAAUACAGCACAAAAAAAAUAUAUUAAAAAGUCUGCUAUAGUAGAUAGAGAUAUUUUUAUUGCAUUCUUAGAGAAGCUGUGCAAAUAUUGCAUCUGACAAAUGCUCCCUUUAGAGUAUGGAAGGAUCCUAUAUAGUUUUGUGUGCAAUAUUUUGUCUGACUGUAUGGACUUUGUUUGAUUGUUUGAAAUGCAUGGAGUGUUAAAAAAAAAAAUCUGAAUCAAAAGUGCCUGCUCUAAAAUGUGAUGGUUUUGAUUCCCAAAGAAUUUUUUAAAAAAUUUCAUUACUGUUUGAGGGGGAAACACGCAUCUGGCUGGUGGCCUGGGAAAAAUAAUUUUUGCAUUCAUUGGAUUGUCUCCCCUUUACCUUAAAAGAGAAGGGAAUUUGGCCAGUGGCAAACUCAGAGCCCAACUUGAUGUGUAAUCAAAGCAUCAUUUUGGAGAAUGUCGAUUAAGGCACAAUCAUCCAGGCCAAAGGUAUCUAAAACGUUGAAUCAUGACAACUGCAUCAAAUUUUGUUACUGUAUUUUUCGGAGUAUAAAAUGCUUUGGAAUAUAAGAUGCACAUUAGUUUUUGGGAAAGAAAACAAGAAAAAAAUUCUGUCUCUGCCUACCAGCAUCGAUCAGUAUUCAUCUGGCUAGCAAGCAGCAAACAGCCUGGUCAGCUUCAACACAUUAUUGAAGCCUGAUUCAGCACGAGCAGCUGAUUGGCGGUUGGAUCGGCCUCCCAGAAUACCACCGAUCAGCUGUUCCAGGCUGCGGGCAUUGCCGCAGCCCAUCACCGCCUCCGCGCGUUGCAUUUUCAGCCUCCACAUGCCCCAUUUUUGGCCUCCGUGCAUUGCGUUUUCGGCUGGUUCCAGGCAGCGGGGAUUGAUGGUGGUGGUAAUCUCCACCACCUGGAACCGGCUGAAAACAUGAUGUGCAGAGGCCAAAAAUGCAAUGCGCGGAAGCAGUGAUUGGUGGCGAUAUGUUGUGGCGAUCCCCGCAGCCUAGAACGGGUCUACAAUGGAGUGUGCGGAGGCCGAAAAUGCGAUGCACGGAGGCCGAAAACGAUUGAAGGAUGGGGGUCGGUGGGUGAGUGCGGCUUUGGCAACAUUCGCUGUAUACGACGCACAGAUAUUUCCACCCACGUUUAGGGGGGAAGUGCGUCUUACACACCAAAAAAUAUGAUACUCUGAAAAGUUGCAUUGCUCAUCCAAGCAACCUGAUCAGUCAAAAUAAAAUUAAAAAAUAGUUAGUCAGAGAGCCUAAUUAUUUUUUUUUAAUUUUGACUGAUCAAGUUGCUUGGAUGAGCAAUGAAUCAGAUGAACAAAGUUUGAUGCCGUUGCCAUGAUUCAACCUUUUAGAUACCUCAGCUGGAGAAUUCAUUGGAGUGUGUCAAUGAAGGUUUUUAUUCCUGAUACUAAUUUCAAUGACAUUGGAUGGCAUUAAUUUUUAUUGAGACAAUGAAAAGGGGAGAAGAAUUAAAUCUCUUCCUGCGUGCUAUGAAAAUUUUCCUAUCUUCCGUCCUACUGAUCAGGGUUGUGUUGUUGAUGUUGUUUUAAAAAAAGAAAAGAAAUAUUAACAGCACCUUAAGUCUUUGGGAAGCCUUCCAGUUCAAUCAUUUCUUCUUUGGCUAGGUGCCUUUUCUGGAAUGCAGAAACCCCAGUUCAUACAACUUCUUUUUCAGGGAUAUUGAUUUGCAAAUAAUUUGUAAUAAGAACCGAGCUGAGUAGCCACAUUUAAGAUGAGCUGGAGUAUUACCCAUCCUGCAUUUCACAGAAAUAGAUCCCCCCCUCCAAAAUUGAUCCCUUGGUUUUAGGGCUCAGCUCUCCUCAAUUCCCUAUUUCUCUCUUUCUUUAUGGAUUAACCUGUUUCUUAAAUUGUGCUACAUUCAUUGACCGCUUUCUACAGGUUGUACACGCCAAACCUUUCUCUAUUUGUGAUCUGAGUUAGUCCUUUAAAACCAAAUGUAUGUAAUCAUUUUUUUAAAACACCCACACAGACGUUGUUUAAAUAAAAUUAUCUAUCUUCUCA